AUGUGGACAUUCUUAGACCAUAAGGUUACGAGUGUAUUACCCUUUUAUGAUCGCACAUGUCAUACUGUGGCGGGUUUGGCACUUAAGAUAUAUCGUAGGAACUUUUUACGGGAAGAACAAAUCUGUCAAGUUCCCGCAUGCGGUUAUGGGGGGAAGAAUAUCAAUCAAAGUGGUAUAGCCCUACGUUGGUUGCGUGAAAUUGAGAGUGAAUUAGCUGAAAACAAUAGGCAGCUUGCUAGUAAACUUGCUGUAGGAGGGGAAGUUGAAAUUAUGGGGCGUUAUGGUGAUCAUGACGACGAAGAACAUGUACUAUAUGGCACGUGGACAAGUGUUGAGAUUCAAAAGGCGAUUGAAUUGGGGGUUAUAGGAUUCUAA